UGUACCUAUAUAUGGUUGGGUACAUAAAUAAUUUAAUUACUUAAGUGAUUAGUUGUAAAAUUAAUUAAAAAUGCCACCAAAACGUGUUGUGGUACACGUGCCGAAGAAAACUAGUCCCAGUUUAGCCUACGAGGUGUUAAUCUAUUUAAAUUCAUUCUAUUUUGGCAUGUUCGCCUGCUGCGAACUAAGCAUGGGUCUCUUGAAAGCCAUCAAUUUAACAUAUAAGGGGCAUGUAUUAGCUCUUGACUCUUGUGUGUUGAUUGGUUUGUGUAUUUUAGAGACAGUGCGCAUUGUAAUGGGGCGCAAAGGGUCUUUAGAAGACAAAGGCUGGCAAGUUAUAUUAUCGGUUUUCAUGAUAGCUCCAUGCUUUCUUGGCGUCUCCUAUAUUCUCCUUUUACAGGAAUAUAAACUGCGUUUGGAAUAUGUGCUUUGUACAUUACUGCUCGGAUUGUAUUUUGCCGAAGUUUGGUACGCGAUACUAUUCGUUUUUUCACUAUGUCGUCCAGUAACUUAUGAUUAGAACUAAAAUUUAUAUAUACUAUAUGUAAUAUAAAUUUUGUAAAAUAAUUUUCAAAUAUUAUAUAUUAUAUAAGAGAA